CGGUCACGGACUCGGGGCAGGUGUAUGCUUGGGGUGACAGUGACCACGGCCAGCAGGGCAAUGGCACGACCACGGUUAACAGGAAGCCCACACUCGUGUAAGGUUUAGAAGACCAGAAGAUCAUGUGUGUGGCUUGCGGGUCUCCCCACAGUGUGGCAUGGACAACUGUGGAUGUGGCCACGCCCUUUGUCCAUGAGCCCGUCCUCUUCUAGACUUCAAGAGACCCUUUAGUUGCUUCCUAUUUAGGCGUGCCUUCAGAUGUCGAUUCUUCUGCUGCUAGUAAUAAAAUAAGUGGUGCAAGUAAUUCUAAGCCACAUCGCCCUUCUCUUGCCAAGAUUCUCUUGUCAUUGGAUGGAAAUCUGGCCAAACAGCAGGCCUUAUCGCAUAUUCUUACAGCAUUGCAAAUCAUGUAUGCCAGAGAUGCCGUAGUGGGGGCCCUGAUGCCGGCCGCCAUGAUCGCCCCGGUGGAGUGCUCCUCGUUCUCCUCGGCGGCCCCUUCCGACGCUUCUGCAAUGGCUAGUCCCAUGAAUGGAGAAGAAUGCAUGUUGGCUGUUGAUAUCGAAGACAGACUGAGUCCAUAUCCAUGGCAAGAAAAGAGAGAGAUUGUUUCCUCUGAGGACGUGGUGACCCAUUGGCCCCCUCAGCCUCCACUGGGCCAUUUAUCACAGUGACGGAUGACCUGGGAGCUGCGAGCAUCAUUGCAGAAACCAUGACCAAAACUGAAGAGGUGGCAGAUAUGCUGUUGGAGCUCUGCGUCACCGAGUUGGAGGAUGUGGCCACAAGACUCGCAGAGCAGCCAUCUCUCUUCUCAGCCUGUGGUGGUGGAGAGUAGCCACCCUUACACUGAUGACACCUCCACCAGUGGCACAGUGAAGAUACCAGAUACAGGAGCUAGCCCCAGGGAGGAGCUGCAGCCUUUCCCACCUUCAGAACGAUGUGAUUCUGUAAUUGCUUUUAGUAGAAACAACCAUCUCCAUUUUAUAAAAAGAAGUUACAGACUUGCUUUAGAAUCACUUUUCUCCCCUUUUCCAACAAACUUCUUUUGCACAAUAAAUCGUGACACAGGAAGUCACACAAAGUAAAUGUUUAGCUUCAUGAUAAUCAGGUAGACACCCUAGUCAUCAUGAACUAAGUCUAGACAUAACCUGUGGCAGAUUCCGGAAGCCCUCGGCGUGUCCCCUGACAUCCCUCUGAGUGAUGCUGUCCUGAUGUUGAGCCAUCACUGACUUGCAUUUCUGGGCAGCUUCUGUUACCCAUGUGUGUAUCUUUCUUUUCUUUUUAACAACUCAAGAAAAAUUAUUAAGAAGAAAAUUGUUGAGGCCCCAGCCUUUGAUCCGGCAGGCUUCACUGCAGCCUGGAUCUGCUGACUGGACACGGGUGCUGCUGUUCAGUGUGUUCCUCAGGCCCAUCCUUCUGCAAGGUGCUGCCCGAUUCGGAGGCCCAUAAGUUCCGGCCCUUUCGCCAGCUCCUUAGUGGUUGUGACUCAGCCUCAGCAGGCACCUCCUGCCUGCCUGUCUUUCCUUUGUGACAUCAGCAGUCCCUGAGGCUUAUUAGCACCUGAGGCCAUUGGCCCACGAGGGGCUACAAAUGGUACUAUUCUAGUGGAAUCAUUUCUUGCUUAUUUAUUAGCUGGAAUACUUUCUUAUAAAGGGACAUUUCCCCUCAUCCUACAGUUGGUUGCCCAAGGUGCAGUUUGCCUGAGAGAGACAAGAUAAAAGCUUGAGUCUUCCUUCUGUUUACCAGAGAAUGACUUGGUUUUCUAUCAUUUCUUGAAGGUGCAGAAGGACUCAGGGUGCAAUUUGACUGGCAGUGCUCCACAGAGAGGUGCCACAAUCCUCUCACAAUCAUGGACGACAUCAACAGGAUCGUCUCCGUGCAGUCAGUCAGGUAAAAGUUCCAGAAAUGUGAAGUACAAAGAUUUUUUUGAUCCAGUUGAAAGUGAUGAAGACAUAGCAAGAGAUCAUGAUGAUGAACUGGGUUCAAACAAGAUGAUGAAAUUGCUGAAGAAGCAGCAGAAGAACUAAGUGUUUCUGAAAUAUGAAUGAAAAUAUUACAUCUUUAGAAAAAGAGUUGUUAGAAAAAAGCCUUGGCAGUGUCAGGGGGAAGUGACAGCACAGAAGAGACCAGAGAAGAGCCUCCUGGAGGAGACCCUGCGCUUUGACCAUGCUGUCCGGAUGGCACCUGUGAUUACAGAGGAAACACCUUUCAACUGGAAGAUAUCACUAAACAGAGGAUAAGAGAUCAGGAGUCAGCUUAAGUAGAGCUCCGCGUGUUGGUUGCACAAGUCACCUGUCUUCCCCGCAAGAGGCUGUUUGCUCGCUUUGACACUGAAUGCUCCCCCAACAAACUCGUUUAGCUUGUUUGCCCUUCUCACCCACUGGGGAGAGGAGUCUCAGAGUGCACUGUCGCAGAGAAGGCGUGCGGGGGCGUGCAGGGGCGCACAGGCGCCUGCCUCUGCGGGUGAGAAACGAAGGAGGUGCCCGGGUUUCCGCUCCAGGGCUCAGCCUGCCUUGGCCACCUACGGUAUGGGAGCCUUUAACGUGGAAAGGAAAGGAGAUCGAUCACUCGAGCCUCCACUUGCCAAGCCUGUGGAAGCCAGACGCGGGGAUCGGCUGGGAAUGCCUGGAAGCGCCGGCGCGCGGAGCCAGGAAGAAGAAAUUGUCUAGACGAAUAACAUGAGGUCAUAUAGAAUCCAACUUUUGGUGAUUUCAAGUCAAGAAAGUAAAAGUAAACCAUUGCUAUCUUUCACCUUAAAUAUCCUGUGUUUUAUUGCUCAGAACAUCCAGUUUUUCUAAUACUCAUGAUGUCAGAAGGGAAACCUCCUGACAAAAAAAGGCCUCGUAGAAGCUUAUCAAUCAGCGAGAAUAAGAAAAAAGCAUCUAAUUCUAUUAUUUCAUGUUUUAACAAUGCACCACCUGCUAAACUUGCCUGCCCCGUUUGCAGUAAAAUGGUGCCUAGAUAUGACUUAAACCGGCACCUUGAAAUGUGUGCUAACAAUGAUUUCGUUCAAGUGGAUCCAGGGCAGGUUGGCUUAAUAAAUUCAAAUGUGUCUACGGUAGAUUUAAGCAGUGUUACCUUAGAAGAUGUAACACCAAAGAAGUCACCAUCACCAAAGACAAAUUUAACCCCUGGCCAAAGCGAUUCAGCAAAAAGGGAAGUAAAGCAGAAGACCAGUCCCUACUUUAAAAGUAAUGAUGAUGUGGUGUGCAAAAAUCAAGAUGAGCUGAGAAAUCGUAGUGUGAAAGUCAUUUGUUUGGGAAGCCUAGCAUCUAAAUUGUCCAGAAAAUACGUAAAGGCUAAAAAAUCAAUAGAUAAGAAUGAAGAAUUUGCCGGUUCUAGUCCACAGAGUUCCAAAUCCACAGUUGUUAAGAGCCUGAUUGAUAACUCUUCAGAAAUUGAGGACGAUGAUCAAAUUUUGGAGAACAGUUCUCAAAAAGAAAACGUGUUUAAAUGUGAUUCUCUAAAGGAAGAGUGUAUUCCUGAACAUAUGGUAAGAGAAAGUAAAAUAAUGGAAGCCGAAAGCCAAAAGGCUACCCGGGAAUGUGAGAAAUCAGCCCUCACCCCUGGCUUCUCAGAUAAUGUGAUCAUGUUAUUCUCACCAGAUUUCACUCUUAGGAAUACAUUAAAGUCUACUUCAGAAGACAGUCUUGUAAAGCAAGAGCGUUUCAAAGAAGUGGUUGAAAAACGUGAGGCAUGUCAUUGUGAAGAAGUAAAAAUGACUGUUGCUUCAGAAGCUAAAAUACAGCUGUCAGAUUCAGAGGCAAAAUCUCAUACUUCUGCAAAUGAUGCUUCUGCAUGGAGUAACAUCCAAGAGGCUCCUCUGCAGGAUGACAGUUGCUUAAACAAUGAUAUCCCUCACAGCAUUCCUUUGGAGCAGGGGUCAAGCUGCAAUGGUCCUGGUCAAACAACCGGUCAUCCUUACUACCUUCGGAGUUUCCUUGUGGUGCUGAAAACCGUACUUGAGAAUGAAGAUGAUAUGAUGCUCUUUGAUGAGCAGGAGAAGGGAAUUGUAACUAAAUUUUAUCAGUUAUCAGCUACUGGUCAGAAGUUAUAUGUAAGGCUCUUUCAACGUAAAUUAAGCUGGAUUAAGAUGACCAAAUUGGAAUAUGAAGAGAUUGCCUCAGAUUUAACACCUGUGAUUGAAGAAUUGAAGAAUGCAGGCUUUCUACAGACAGAAUCUGAGUUGCAAGAACUCUCUGAAGUGCUUGAACUCCUUUCUGCUCCUGAACUAAAAUCCCUGGCCAAGACCUUCCACUUGGCGAAUCCCAAUGGACAGAAACAGCAGCUGGUGGACGCCUUUCUCAAAUUGGCCAAACAGCGUUCAGUCUGCACUUGGGGCAAGAAUAAGCCUGGAAUUGGUGCAGUGAUUUUAAAAAGAGCCAAAGCCUUGGCUGGACAGUCAGUACGAAUCUGUAAAGGCCCCAGGGCUGUGUUUUCCCGGAUCUUGCUACUGUUUUCGUUGACCGACUCAAUGGAAGAUGAAGACGCCGCUUGUGGAGGUCAGGGACAGCUUUCAACAGUCCUGUUGGUCAACCUCGGCCGAAUGGAGUUUCCUAGUUACACCAUCAAUCGGAAAACCCACAUCUUCCAAGACAGAGAUGAUCUUAUCAGAUAUGCUGCAGCCACGCACAUGCUGAGUGACAUUUCUUCCGCAAUGGCCAACGGGAACUGGGAAGAAGCUAAGGAGCUCGCUCAGUGUGCAAAAAGGGAUUGGAACAGACUGAAAAACCACCCUUCUCUGAGAUGCCACGAAGAUUUACCACUCUUUCUGCGGUGUUUCACUGUUGGGUGGAUUUAUACAAGGAUUUUGUCUCGGUUUGUGGAAAUACUGCAGAGACUUCACAUGUAUGAGGAAGCCGUCAGAGAACUUGAAAGCCUUUUGUCUCAGAGAAUUUAUUGUCCUGACAGCAGAGGCCGAUGGUGGGAUCGACUGGCCCUUAAUUUACACCAGCACUUGAAGCGCCUGGAACCGACUAUCAAGUGUAUCACAGAGGGGCUGGCGGAUCCGGAAGUCAGAACGGGACACCGCCUUUCACUGUAUCAGCGAGCCGUGCGCCUGCGAGAGUCUCCAAGCUGUAAAAAGUUCAAGCGCCUCUUCCAGCAGCUCCCAGAAAUGGCUGUGCAAGAUGUGAAACACGUAACCAUCACGGGCAGGCUGUGCCCACAGCGUGGGAUGUGCAAGUCUGUGUUUGUGAUGGAGGCCGGGGAGGCCGCUGACCCCACCAUGGUCCUGUGCUCUGUGGAGGAGCUGGCACUGGCCCAUUACAGACGCAGCGGCUUUGACCAGGGGAUUCAUGGCGAAGGGUCCACCUUCAGCACCCUGUAUGGCCUCCUCCUGUGGGACAUCAUCUUCAUGGAUGGGAUUCCAGAUGUCUUCAGAAACGCCUGUCAGGCAUUCCCCCUGGACUUGUGCACAGACAGCUUCUUCACAAGCAGACGCCCGGCCCUCGAGGCCAGGUUGCAGCUGAUUCAUGAUGCCCCCGCGGAGAGCCUGCGGGCCUGGGUGGCAGCCACGUGGCAGGAGCAGGAAGGCAGAGUGGCUUCCCUUGUCAGCUGGGAUCGCUUCACGUCUCUUCAGCAAGCUCAGGAUCUUGUCUCCUGCCUGGGGGGCCCUGUGCUCAGUGGUGUGUGCAGGCGCCUGGCUGCUGACUUUCGACACUGUCGAGGGGGCCUCCCCGACCUGGUGGUGUGGAACUCCCAGAGCCAUAGCUUUAAGCUGGUGGAAGUUAAAGGCCCCAAUGAUCGUCUUUCACAUAAGCAGAUGAUCUGGCUGGCUGAACUGCAGAAGCUGGGGGCUGACGUAGAAGUCUGCCACGUGGUUGCAGUUGGAGCUAAGAGCCAAAGCCUUAGCUAAAAGCUAUGGAAUUGGGGAUAUUUGGUGAUACAUUAAUAUUCCCUACAGGAGAAAAUGGAAAUGAGGAGGAGAGAAACUCCGGUGUCCCCGAGGUGUCAGUGUCGUGAGGGCCGCUGGCGUUGAAGUACAUCCUGCUCUGGCCCAGCUCCCCAUAGCAGGCCUCCAGGGGGCCACUGCGCUGUUGCCGCAGCAUCCUGCUCAGCACAUCGACUUCAUCAGCCAGGAGGGAGAGCUUGUGAAAGGCCGUGAUGGAGCCACCCAGGCUGAUCUGGGCCUCAGGAACCCAGCGGAAGUAGCACAGUUUCCACAGUUUUAUGUGUGUUCCAGAGACACGUGGCAGAAUAACACCGUGCAGGUUGACGGGUUUGGAAAACCAUUCUCUAAAAUAUUGCUCCGUAUCACUGUUCUGGCUGUCGGUUGGCUGAGGUGGAUCUGGCUUUGGUUUUAAUAUCAAUGAAUUUCUCCUUGGAAGUAAUUCUUGGUCACUGAUGAUUCCAUUCUUUAAGGCAGACGGCAUUCCUCUUAGUGUGGAGCUGUAGCUUUUCUAUACAGAAGAGAUUUUAUUAUGUUCCGGGGAUUCCCUUUUUAGAAAGAUUGUAAGGAUGCAAUGGCAAAUAUAAACUCAAUACUAUGAAAAAUUAAUGGAAUUUCAGCCUCAAAGAAUAUUUUCCUCCCUUCCUCUGUGUCCUUAUUCUAAUCCUCCUCCCCUGGAAUUACACUUUUUUAUGUGUUGACUCUACCUAGGCUGUAACUAUCAGCCUGAAUGGGGGCAGGGAUAAGAGUACCUCCUAUCCACUAAUUUGCUUAAGGAUAAGUUCUAAGACGGGCUAGAAAAAACCCUAGACCUGGCCGAUUCUAUCAAGAACAAUGGCAAACUGAAUACAGGCAGUCAGGAGGCCAAAUGUCUGAUUCUUUGGUCUGUACCUUUCAGUACUCUGCAAAUUUUCUUUUUUUUUUUUUUCUUUUUUUUUUUUUAAUAUAAUUUUUAUUUUAAUUAGAAUAACAUACAAAUUCUGGUUUGAAUACUCAAAGAUUUAUUUAGUUCAGACCAUCUGCAUGCAUGCUUUUUUUGUCUUUGAGUAUUCAAACUCUGCAAAUUUUCUACCAAAAAAAAUCCCAAGAAUGUAUUUGGAAAUUAUUAAAAAGGCAAACAAUGAAUGUUAUGAGGACAAGAAUAUAGCAGUCAGGAGGCCAUGACUGCAUCACAGCCAGGUGGCAUUCCCUGCCACAGUGGCGGCUGGAAUCAUCAAGAAAUGGAUAAAUGGGGCUUUAGUAAAUCGGGCUUGCAGGCUCAAAGCUGCAAUCUGCCCACUCUCAGGUACUGAGACUUUGUGGGCCUCAGACACCAGGAAGAAAGUUGGGAUACAGUCAUUUGAGUUAAAGAGGGAAUGACCCCUCAGAAACCCACAUUAGCAGUGUUACUCUUGGAAGUGCCUUUACUUUUAACACUCUCUGUUCUGAAAAAGAGGUGUCUGGUUACGUGUGAGCCAACAUCACGUUUUGUUAGCUGUGAUUUACCUUCGUCCGUUUAAAAGACUUCACGGAGCCAUUCUGUAUACAAGGUGUGCUCUUUCCAAUGUAGAAGGGGUUAUGGAAAAGGGUGCGAUCCUUUGCUGUAAACUGGAGAGACCAGUCCCAAACAGAGGGGAAUUUUAAGCCCUUCUCAUCACCCAAUUGGAUAUUUUUGCUUAUAGCAAAUUCCUGCAAAAUAAAUAAAUAAAUAUUUGCAAAACUAAA